AUGCGAGCAAGAUUAGAUCCAAUGUUUUCAAAUUAUGUGUUGGCAGUAGACAAUGGAUUGUCACCCAACACAAAAGAUGAAAUCAUAAAAAUACCAAAUGGGAUGCUUGUUCCCUAUGAUGAUGACAAGACUUCAUUAGAUCACUUAAUAAAAUACGUUUUCCACAACAUUCAAGAAUAUUCAGGAAAUAUGUCAACUAUGAUGAACCAGGCCAUACUAACACCAAAGAAUAGUUUUUUCAAUGAAAUAUAUGCAUUGUUAAUUCAGAGGUUUCCAGGUGAAUACCAGCGAUAUUACAGUGUAGACGAGACAAUAGAUAAAACUGAGCAAUUAGUUAUGGAAGAUUUCUUAAACACAUUAACGCCUAAUAGAAUUCCGCCUCAUGAAUUAUUACUAAAGAAAAAUUGUCCCAUGAUGCUCCUAAAAAACAUUAAUCCUUCAAAGAGACUAUGCAAUGGAACCCUUUUGAUUUGUCGAGCUUUCGAUCAAAAUAUCAUAGACGCUAAAAUUGUCGUUGGACAUCAUAUGAGAAAAAGAGUCUUCAUAGCAAGGAUACCAUUCUUACCAAAUGUAGAUGGUAAUAGUGGGUCUCCGUUUAAGCGAACUCAAUUUUCUAUAACAUUAAGUUUUGUAAUGACCAUAAAUAAGUCACAAGGUCAAACAUUGGAUUAUGUUGGGAUUUAUUUACCACAACCAGCAUUUUCUCAUGGUCAAUUAUACGUGGCUUUAUCAAGGGCAAAGACAGGAUCUGCAGUGAAGAUUUUAAUUCGACCGGGGAAUCGAGUCCAAUCAGUAAUUUUUGAAACGGAUACUAACUCUAGGGAGGACACUUUAAAACUGUUUCACUCUUAUUAUAUCAGUGACGCCCUUGUCAAAAAUGCCAACCCAAGGUACAAGAUUGGAACAUAUGAAUAUGAUUGGACCCUCAACACAAGAACACUAAUAGAAGAUGUAGAAGAACACGACAAUCAAAUAGAGGCACCAAAAUAUAACAUCGUUCCAUUUACAUACUUGCACUCUUACAAAUACUCAACUCAACGAAUAUAUUUCUUAGCUGUUGCAAUCCAAAUAAAACCAACAAAAGAGAUCACCACAGAAUUUCAACAACAAACAAUCCAAGAGAUAUAUCUUAUUGAUGAAAGGUAA